AUGUCUCUCUCGGACGAUUCUCCAUUUCCGGUCUGCGCGACUCCUUACCCGUGCAGCUGGGUUGUAAUGAAGCAGGAUCAAUUAGCAAUUGGGGACGGGUGCCCCCGGAUCGUUGCGUGCGACGAGAUCAAAUCAAGAGUCUUGUCCCUUGAUUCCGGAGUGCUGAGCAUCGGUGAAAAUGGGGACAAGGUUCGCGCCACCCGCUAUUAUGCAAGUGCCGAUGAAAGCUGGCGACUCGAGCGCUUAAGCGACGAAACAGGAGAGGAACUACCAAAGCAGUAUCAAAUUGAACGAGCGCAGUUGCAACGCGACUUGGCAGAAAAGGUGCAAGAGUUGUUACGAAAAGAUCGCAAGUUGGCGCGACGAGGAGAAGAACUCGCUCGAAAAGACGCGGAUAUCACGAUGCUGAAGGCUGACCUACAUACAAAAGAUCGUGGGAUACGUUCAAGGGACCAAGAAAUCGUUACCAAACAACAGGAGUUGGCCAGGAAAGAACAAGAGCUUGCUAUGAAGGACCGAGAGAUUCUCGCAAAGAUGGAAGAAAUAGCUGAACUAAAAUCCUUGAAACCGAGAAAGAGCAUUAUCCAACGAUUGUUAAGAAUGGAGGCCGAAGUAAGGAGCAAGAGUGGUAGAAGCAGGACUUCUUCAGUAGCCCCACCCAUUUCCGUCUCAUACGGCAGUGAGUUUGACUUCCGAUCCGAACAACUUGAGCUGCGCUCGCAGUACAGCGAGGACGACCAAGAGGACCCGGUACUAGAUGAUAGUGAAAUGGCUGCACUAUACGCUAGGGCUGAGAAACUUGAAAAUAGACUAUCCAAGGCAAGUACAAUAAUUUGA